CAGCACAGUGUCUGAGAGCAUUCUACUCUAGUCAUCUGUUCUGGGUCUACAUCAUUCACUCACUCUGUAUUUAUCACCUCUUUAUUGUCAAAAUUUUGGUUAGGCUGACAGUAAGAACAUGAAGCACUGUCUUAUAGUGCUUAUAAUGCUCUGUUUCUUUAGGGUUGGACAGUUGGCAUCUAAUGAAACAGAUGAUGGCAAAGUGAAUUGCAAUGAUGUCUUAAGCUUGGAGGCUCAGCGAGCAGUUGGUGGUGCAGUGGCUAAACUGGGAUUGGCGCUUUUAGAAAAAAUACAGCCUAAGUCUGAGCAACCAAACAUAAUCAUAUCUCCUCUCAGUGUUUCUCUUGCACUUGCCGAGCUCGCUUUGGGUGCAAGGAACAAGACAGAAGAGAAGUUGUUGGAAGUCCUUCAGGCAAAAGAGCUGCCAAAUUUUCAUGAAACCUUAAGCUGUCUCCAAGAACAACUAACUGCCAAGGCUGUCAAGAUGGCAUCUCGUCUCUACCUCAUACCAGCUGUUAGGGUGAACCAGGACUUUGUGGACAGAGCUUUGAACCUGUACAAAUCCGAACCUGCACAUCUAACCUCCAUUGAGGAAGUCAAUCAUUGGGUAGAGGAAGCCACCAAAGGUCACAUAACCAACUUUAUGUCCAGUCUCCCAUCUAAUGUUGUUCUAAUGCUGAUAAACGCCAUUCAUUUUAAAGGAGAGUGGCAAUCCCGUUUUGAUUCCAAGUUCACUGUAAAGGAUAUUUUCUACAUUGACAAAAAAACCUCUGUAAAAGUGGACAUGAUGAUGGGAUCCAAAUAUCCACUCAGCAUGUUCAUAGAUAGAAAAGACGGUACUCAGGUUGCAAGGUUCCCUUUUCAAGGAAAUAUGAGUCUUCUGGUGGUAAUGCCAGUGCCAUCCCAUGGAAAUCUGUCAAAUGCGGCUGCCAAACUCAACAUAUCAGACAUGUAUCAACAUUUUCAAAAUGAGAAGUCCAUGCAUGUAAAACUACCUAAAUUCAAACUACAGUACAAGCAGGAUCUGCGACAAGCACUCACAAGCAUGGGUUUAGACUUGCUGUUUACUGGGCCUGAUUUAUCCAGAAUCUCACCAGGCCCGAUAGUGGUUUCAGGCGUACAACAUGCCUCAAGCAUGGAGCUGAGCGAGGAGGGGGCCGAGGCUUCAGCUGCAACCUCUGUUACUCUUGUGCGCACCGUUCCUACUUUUGCAGUCAACAUGCCAUUCAUUUUCGCACUGGUGGAUGAUGCCUCUUACAUGCCUCUCUUCCUGGGUAUGGUCACCAACCCCAACCCUGGAGCGACAAUGGAACUAAGCGAUGAUCCAAAAACUGAAACUGAAAGCAUCAUGAAGCCAAGCAAAGUGCCUCAGAAUGAUGGGACACUGAAUGAUAGUCCACACAUGGAAAACAUGCUAAGUUACAUGUUGAAUAUGUGGAAGGAAACAGAGUUCCUCAGACAUCAGGAGAUGGAGGAUGGGAACUAAAAGGAGAAGAUGGAACUGUCCAUAUUACAGUACAUAUUUUGCAAACUGUAAUUAAAUAUGUAGGGUGUUGAUGUUCAUGGCCUGCUCUUGAUUGAUGGAUGUCAUAUUAGUUUGAGAUGAAUGAGUCUGUUCAAUGGCAUCCACCCUGACUAAUGUUUAUGUAACAGAUAAUAUACAGUCAGCUGGUUACUACUGCAAAAUCAAAAUAAUUUUGCAAUAAUGAUUGGUCAACUAUACAUUUUCUCAGGUAUUACACAGCUACUUGCCAAAUAAAUAAAUAUAUGAACAUGAAAAGUUGAUCUGAGUAGAAAUUAUUUUAUAGUGUCAUAACGCUGAAGAAGGUUAGUAUUUAGAAAUAUUUGACCACUGAAUGCCACAACUGACCAAUCUAAAUCAAGUAUUCUACGAAGCUGUGUAAUAAAUAUGCACCACCUGACCAUUCAAAACUUAACAAAAGUGAUAUAAUAGUUUUUUUUGCAAUGAUUAAGACCUUUCCCUUCUUCCAAAUGUUGUAUCUUUCUCCGUUUUUCCUCAAGAGUCUUUUGUAGAUUUGCAUGUUCUUCUUCCAGUUGAGCUUUAAUUUUGGCCUUCUCUUCCUCCCUCUGUAUUCUUCGUGUCACCUCUUUUGCUUUUUGGAUGCUUUGUGGCCACUGCCUCUUGAUCUGCCAUCUUCUUUUUAACUUGUGCUUCUAGAAGCUGCAUUUCCAGUUGCUCUUUAUUUUGUUCUUGUAACACUUCCAGAACAGCUUGGCGUGCAGCAGCAUCAGCAGCAGCUUCUUGUCGCUUCACAGAAGACCUAGUUGAAUGUUCUGAAGCUCUUUCAAGACAGAAGAGACAGAACCUGAUUUACAUGGACUUGAAUUGAAGAGAGAGCCGGCUUCCGGCCAAACUUGCUCUUCUCCUCCUGGAGUCUUUCCAUAAAGUCUACUCGAGGCUCUAGAUACAACAAACUUAGACAUUUCUAACUUUCGACAUGUAUCUUGAUCUGGAGUUGAGAUUCUGUGUAGUUCAUCAUAAACACACUGGAGAUCUGCAGAAAGUCAUAUGACAUCACCAAUGAUAUCAUUAAGCAGGUCAUCAGAUAAAGUCUCUGUUGAUUGUGGUAAUGUUCGCUUAGAAGAUUUAACAUAUUUUCCAUUUGUCAUAAAUGUAGUUAAACCUUUGUUGAAGUGACUUUAUUUUUGCAGUUUGCAUUUCUCUACCCUUCUCUGUUAGAGUUCUGGUUCUUUUACGUCUUCUUGAAUCCUGUGCCUCUUUUUAUUGUGCUUUAGCACCACCCACUUGACCUUCUUCAGGCUGGUCUUGGGAA